GGUUCGCUGUGCCUGUGCUCCGCAGAGACUACAGCUCCCAGAAUGCAGUGCGCUCAGAGCGGACGUGUCGGCUUCUCAGGCUCGGUGUAGAGGACGGAGGAGUGGAUUGGACUGGUUGCCGUGGAGAGGGGUCGUCUGUCACCAUGCACCCGGCUGUAGCUGUGGGUUUAGUGUUCGGCGGCUGUUGCAGUAAUGUGGUGUUUUUAGAGCUAUUAGCCAGGAGGUAUCCAGGAUGUGGAAAUAUAGUAACGUUUGCACAGUUUUUAUUUAUAGCAAUAGAAGGCUUUAUCUUUCAGGCAGACUUUGGAAGAAAGCGUCCUGCCAUACCAUUAAGGUAUUAUGUUAUCAUGGUGGCCAUGUUUUUUACAGUCAGCGUGGUGAAUAAUUAUGCACUCAACCUCAAUAUUUCUAUGCCACUACACAUGAUCUUUAGAUCGGGAUCAUUGAUAGCGAGCAUGGUCCUGGGUAUCGUGAUUUUGCAUAAAAGGUACACCUUUUCCAAAUACAUGUCAAUUGCCCUAGUGUCUUUUGGAAUUUUUAUUUGUACAAUGAUGUCUGCAAAGCAAGUGACAUCUCAGCCAGCAUCCAGCGAUGAAGAAGGAUUUGUAACACUUCUAUGGUGGCUUUUAGGUAUUGCUGCUUUGACCUUUGCCCUUCUGAUGUCAGCUCGAAUGGGAAUCUUUCAGGAAACACUCUAUAAGGAAUAUGGAAAACAUUCUAAGGAAGCAUUAUUUUAUAAUCAUGCAUUGCCACUUCCAGGGUUCCUUCUUCUAGCACCUGACAUAUAUAACCAUGCAGUUCUCUUUACUCAGAGCGAACCCUACCAACUGCCUCUAUUGGGGAUCCAAAUGCCAAUCCUGUGGUUUUAUUUGCUCAUGAACAUCAUUACACAAUAUGUGUGCAUCAGAGGAGUGUUUAUUCUUACUACGGAGUGUCCUUCGCUCACAGUUACCCUAGUUGUUACACUACGAAAAUUUAUCAGCCUCAUCUUCUCCAUUCUGUAUUUCAAGAAUCCAUUCACUACAUGGCACUGGAUUGGUACUAUAUUUGUGUUUUUGGGUACGCUCCUGUACACAGAGGUGUGGAAAAGCAUUCAGGCUGCACCCAGCAAGGACAAGACGGACAGAAAGAAGGAAUAAAUGUCUUUAAUGUGUAUCGUACAGAAUGCUGGAGCUGACUGUAGGUGGUAUUGUAGAAAGCAGUGUUCUAUUCCUUCCAUUAGGUUUAAUGAGUCUGGCUUGUUAUUCCUGUACAUUUUUGAAACUGUUACAACUAUAAGGCACUAGAGCGAUUUAUAACGGACUGGUUAACCUCAAAGUCUGAGGUUCAGAAUUUUAACGACUGGGCUAUUUUAAAUUAUGUACUCGUAGAGUAAACAAAUAAGGUUUUGAUUGGAAAAAGUGACAAAGUAUGCGAUUUUUGAAUGUGCAGUCUGAAAAAAGCUGUGAAAGAUUCUAUCAUGUUAAUUAAGUUUACUUAUUUUUACUAUUACAACCAGAGGGGGAAGAUGGAGAAACCUGAGCAAUUAUGUCUACUGUAUUUGUGUUUUAUUUUUUAGGGCAAAUGUAUCAAAUACUUUGUGGAUAGUUUGGAAAUUAGUAUUCUUUCCUCAGCGACAUAAGCUGAUAGGGAUACCUAUAGUAAAAAUCAUUACCUGUUC